UCAAUAACAUUGCAGUUGUCAUCAUUGAGUGCCCUCAAACUUCUCACGACUUUUUGGCAAAAAAUGCGAUCCAUCAUAUUUAUAGGGCUUUUCGCCCUGAUUUCUUGCGGCUUCAGUGAACGAGAACCAAAGCACGAAAGACGACUCCGGAAGAUAAUACCAUUCUUAUCAAAGGAUAAACGAGGCACAGUUGAUUCAUCAAACUAUGGAUCUAAUGGUCGUUCUUACUUCACACCUAUUAACGCACCGCUCAGUAGCUACACAUCAGGAGGAGCUGCUAGUGGGCUAUCUGGAGGGCACUCUAAUUCCCAGGGAUUAGAGUCUUCUGCGGGGUAUGGAGGACAUAGUUUAGGACAAAGUAAUUUUGGCUUGGGAUCUCUUGGACUGGGAAGUCACAAUGGUCAAACAUACUCGUUACCUUUAUCUUAUGGAAUUCAUUCGUUGAUUCCUUCUUCAUCUAAGACUGGACCUGUAACAUUUAGCCUCCAGGGAGGAUCUCAGCAACACUAUAUGUCUCCUUUAUAUGCCUCAGGAGGUCAAGGAUUAUCUGCAUACGCAUCAGGAGCUCAUAGUAUUAGUUUACCUCUUUUGAGUCUCACAAGCCAUGGAUCUUAUAGUUCACCAACGUCAUCAGGUUAUUCAAGUGGUCACAGCGGUCUAAUAUCUUCAGGAUCCCAUCAAGGAUAUAGUUUACAACCAUUUUCUUCAAGUAGUUUAUCAUCUCAUGGCGUAUCAGGUGGUUUAGUCAUUGCUGGAGCACACGGAUCAUCAUCAUACAGUUCUGCAAGUCCUUCAACAGCUUCAGCGAGUCAUAGUUCCUCUUUUUCUCCAUCUUCAUCGUUAUCAAGUUAUGGUCUUUCUAGUGGGUCUCAUGAUAGCACCAGUUAUGCUAUUCCACUGUCUUCUUCAUCAUACUCAGCCGAUUCAUCUUACCACCCGUCAUCAGAAAAUUCUUAUAGUUCCAGUACAAGCAGUGGUAGUUCUGCUUAUGCUUUCCCAAGUACAAACUAUGGAACUCCUACUAGUAGCUAUGUUUCUAGCCACUCUAGUCCUAAUGUUAUUUACUCGCCACCAAGUUCAAGCUACUCUGGACACUCAUCAAGUUACAAUAGUCCUUCUGCCAAUUACGCUAGUUCAAGCAGUUACUCAAGCCCUAGUGUUACUUAUGCUGCCUCCAGCGGAAAUGAUUACUCAAGUCACUCUCAACCCUCAUCUCAGUACUCUUCUUCCUCACCAUCAGAACAUCAAAGCUCUUACUCCAAUGUAAGUCCAUCGUAUCUCAGUUAUGCGGUUAAAUCUUACCGCAAUCCCAAAGCUGAUCAUAAAUAUGAUACUCUUUCCUACUCAAGGCAAGAAGAAAAAUACUAGAGUCUAGUUUGAAAUAAUAAAUAAAUUGGAGUAUUUUUGUUAUUUGUUUUUGCUGUUUUCUUUAUACUGUAGAAAUAUAUGAAAAUAUUUAU